AUGAUGUCCAAAAAGCAGUUGGCGUGCAUGCUGGCACUGCAUAUAGUAUAUUUGCUGGUCGGUGCGAGCAUAUUUUAUCACAUAGAGAGCCCCCUCGAAUUGGCUCAAAGAGCAGAAGAAAAACUGGAAAGACUUGAAAUCCAAAACCUGCUCUACGAAAAUUACAUUCCAAAUGAUCCAGAAAAACAAGACAGUAUAUUACGCAAGUUAUCCGAAUAUUGUGGGAAAUCCAUGUUUAACUAUACCACAGAAGACGCCGAACCUCCUUAUAAAUGGGACUUUUACCAUUCCUUCUUCUUCUCGUAUACAGUCGUCAGUACAAUUGGUUAUGGAAAUUUAGCGCCAACAACUCAUUUGUCAAGAAUCCUCAUGAUAUUUUAUGGCUUGUUCGGCAUCCCCAUUAAUGGUAUCCUGCUAGCUAAUCUCGGUGAAUAUUUCGCACUUCAGCUCAUUUCAGUGUAUCGAAAAUACAAAAGGAAAAAUGAAAAAAGAGCAGAUAAAUUAGAUUAUUUCUUCCACAAUUUGGGAAUGUUGGGACAAAUUUUCCUUUAUUUAGUUCCUGGAUUUCUCUUCUUCAUAUUUAUGCCAGCGUGUAUUUUUGUAGUAUUUGAAGGUUGGGACUAUGUGGCUGGAAUUUAUUAUGCCUUUGUCACUUUAACUACGAUUGGUUUUGGUGACAUCGUUGCAGGGACCGUCAACAAUGGCUUCAAAUAUGGCUACUUUUUAGCAUAUCAAAUAUUUCUUAUUGUAUGGAUCACAUUUGGGCUUGGUUAUAUAGUGAUGCUACUUGGUUUUAUCACCAGCGGCAUGCGUUCUGAACGCGUCCACCGAUUAGAACAGAAAUUUGCCUGUCAACUGAAAUCUACUCAAAGCAAAAUCUUACAAGGAUUUACAAGAGAUAUUGCUGUUAUUAGGAAGAUUAUUAAUGAGGCUAAUCUUUUAAAAGUGAAGCCUGUUUAUGUGGAUACUACGCCACAUUUAUACAGAAGCGCAAGCUGUCCGAUUCUUACUUUUGACGUAACACCAAGAGAGACCGUAGUUAAGAGAAAACGGGCUAAUUCUGAAAAUAUUCAAUUAAGUGCUAAAGACAUGCUCCGUAUACAAUCAGACACCGAUUUACUUGGAAUCGACAAGGAAAAAACAUUCACAGCAUCGGCUAUUGUGAAGCCAGUUGAAUUGUUGGCAAGAGUUGUAAAUGUUUUGGGUGGAUUCGAAGCGCAGAAAGGUAGAGGCAUCAACAUAUUUGAUGAUGAACAUAUUUUAGCAAGUGAGAAACCACCACUCUUUAGCAUCGGUCAGACUUUCUUACCUAGCACUCCGAUGAGAACUAGAGCAUUAAGUAUAGCCGUACCUAACUAUAGAAAAGAAUCAGUAUCAAGAUUAGAUCACGAUUUUACAUGGACCAACGGCGAUACUGCUGAAAAAUAUAGAAAGGAAGCAAACUUACGUAGCGGUAAAUUAUCACUGCCUACGCCUGUUUCACAAACUGACGAAAAUUCACAACCUAAGAGUUUAUUUGCACGUCUCUUUCGGAAACCUAGCUCUAGUGAAAGUCCUGCGGAAUAUAUUAAAAACACUAUGAAAGGUAGAGUAAGUAAUGCGCAAGGUUCAACAGAUAAUAUAAAAGAAAAGUCAAGACGGGGAAGCAUAUUCCCGACAUUUGGUAUGGGCGAAGAGUCAAAAAGUGAUGUCGAUGCUUACAAAGAAAAAACGAAACGUGGGCGUUAUAGUAUUUUCCCGACAUUCGAUUUCUCGGAAGACGAAGAUCGAGCCACUGCAUCAUCAUACCAACAGAGGCCAAAACGUCAUAGUAUUUUUCCUACGUUUGAUUUUAGUGAAGACGAAGACGCAGCAGCAGCUAAGGCAUAUAAAGAGAAAACGAAAUCAGGCAGACAUAGUAUAUUUCCUACAUUUGACUUCAGUGAUCCUGAGGAAAACGCAAAUCGUUAUAAAGAAAAUACACGAAGAGGUAGACAUAGUAUUUUCCCAACUUUUGAUUUUAGCGAUCAUACAAGCAACGAUGAUGAUACUGUAGAUGAAGAUGAAGUACAAAAGUAUCAAAACCGCACAAGAAGAGGUCGUCUUAGCUUACUUCCUACGUUUGGUAGAUCCAAGAAAAGUGAUGACGAUACAAUGCCGGAAAGCUCAGAUGAAUUAGUUAAUUAUAAGGAAAAAACACGUCACGGUCGCAGAAGUUUGUUUCCUUCAUUUGGCAAUAGUAGAAAAAUUAGUACACCAGAACAAUGCAGUAGUGACCUUGAAGCUAGUAUUAAACAAUAUCAAAAUGAAACGAAAAAGGGCCGUAACAGCCUAUUUGCUGGUGAUAUCCACAAUUACAGACAAUCUACAGAAGGCGGCCGUGGCAAUUUAUUUUCUAGUGAAUUAGAUAAUUAUAGGAAUAGAACCUCACGUGGUCGCCCAAGCUUGUUUGACCCCGAUGUCAAUCUAUCAAAUCUUCCAGAGUCUGAACAAGUUGAAGUGUUAGAAAAUACAAGCGUAGCAGAUUUACUGCGUGCUCUAGCAGUUAUAGACACUGUUAACUCACAUAGUUCUGAUGAUCUAAGCAUGAGUGACCCAAGCAAUUCAAGGCGACGUGGAUCGAUAAGAAAUGAUUUUAAUCUUCCUCCGUUACCGAGUAGAGACUCUGACGAUGCAUCUGGACCUAGGCGAAGACGUAUUUCAACUCGCACUGCGGCUCCUCAGUUUACACCAACAUUGGCUACUGUUGUAGCCGGAGCUGAAUUGCAAAUAACGGCAGCUGCUCAAAGGGAAAAUCGUAUGACUAUGUUAAAUCAACCACCGCCGCCUUAUUCUGAAAGUUCUGCCGACCCUCAACCACCCAGAACUAGACGAUACUCUCCAGCACCAAUAGACUCUAGUAGAUCAGUAACUGCUCCCGUCCCGCGACUCUUCUCACGAAUACGAAAAGAAAGUACUUCAACGGUUGGCGAAAACUCUAGACGAAAUAGCUUAACCGAUGUAGUAAUCGACAAUAAUAAAGAUAAUACU